UAUAAUGCUAUGGAUGAUAGUGCCCAUAUGCAAGAACCAUUCAACUCUAUACUCUCUCUCUCUCUCUCUCUUUUUCAUCCAUGGCAAAAUCCUCAACUAUCAAGGUUCUUGAGCAUUGUUAUGUUUCUCCCCCACCAAAUUCAGUUCCACCAACAUCACUUCCUCUAACCUUCUUUGAUAUUCCAUGGCUUUUCUUCAGUACUACUCCAAGCCAACCUUUGUUCUUCUAUGAAUAUCCCCAUCCCACUUCUCACUUCAUAUCCACCACCGUCCCCAUCCUCAAGCACUCCCUCUCCUUGACCCUCCAACACUGCUACACUUUCGCCGGAAACCUCAAGUCACCGCAUGAACCCGGCAAGCCGGAGCUUGUUUAUACCGAAGGCGACAAGGUUAGGUUGACAUUUGCGGAGUCAGGUGGAGAUUUCAACCAUCUUUCAGGUAAUCAUCCGCGAUAUGUCAAUGAAUUCUACCAACUUGUGCCGGAGUUGCCAACGAGUGUGUCAUGUGAAAAACAAUUGCUUCCUUUGCUUGCUGUUCAAAUUACUGUUUUUCCAAGCUCUGGCAUUUGUAUUGGGCUGGCUUACCAACAUGUUGCAGCUGAUGGAAGAACGUUCAAUAAUUUCAUGAAGACUUGGGCUUCGUUUUGCAGCUUUGGAGACUCCUUCUCCAUCAAAUCUUUACCUUGUUUCGACAGGAGGGUGAUUCUGGACUCACAUGGGCUCGAGGGAAUUUUCUUGAAGGAGUGGCGGAAGCCAAGAUCUUCAAAAGAUACCGUUGCUGGUAAUGAAGCCAAUGCAAGUUUGUCCGACAUGGUUAGAGCCACAUUUGUUGUCGGCUCGACAGACAUGGAAAGGAUCAAAACAUGGAUUAUUGCUGAAUGCAAGAAGAAUAAUGUGCCGCUUCCAAUACAUUUGUCAGCAUACGUGCUGACAUGUGCAUUUCUAUGGGUGUGUUUGAUUAAGACCCAAGAGAGAACGAUUGAGAAAUGUUAUGGAGGUCGGGAUCCGAAUUACUUUGGGUUCAUCGCCGGCGGAAUUACCCGUCUGGACUUUCCGGUGCCGGCAACGUAUUUCGGUAAUUGUGUCGGGUUUGGCCGAGCAAUGGCAAUGAGAAAUGAGUUAAUGGGAGAAGAUGGAGUUGUUGUGGCUGCAAAGGCCAUUGGAAGCACUGUGAAGAGGUUGGAUAAGGCUAUCUUUGAGGGUGCAGAGAAGUGGAUUUCAGAUUGGGAGGUGUUGUUUGGGUCGGAGCUCCAUGUUAUGGUUUCUGGGUCACCUAAAUUGGAUCUUUAUGAAACGGAUUUUGGGUGGGGAAGAGCCAAGAAGAUAGAGGAGAUUUCAAUUGAUUGGAUGAGAGCCAUUUCACUCACUGAGAGUAGGGAUGUGGAGGGUGGCAUUGAGGUCGGCCUAGCCCUACCUAAAACUAAAAUGGAUGCUUUUUCCUCCUUUUUCUACCAAGGUCUCAAGGCUCUUCCAUGAUCUAUUCUAGCUAUGUAUCAUGCAUGUAUGAACGUGUUUUAAGAUUGACAAUAUUAUGCUGUUUUCAAUUUGAA